CCUCACCCCCCACUUUGCCGGGGCCGCCGCCGCCAUGUCCUCGCCGUCUUCUGGGGAGCAGUACGAGGAGGAGGAGGACGGCGCCUACGAGAGCCAGGCCAAGCGGCUGAAGCCCAGCGCCGCCGCCGAGGAGGGCGAGAUCGAGUACGGGGCUGAGGAGGGCGAGAGCCGCAGGGAGAAGGCCGCCCCUCGCGCCGGGGGCUUCUCCGGAGGGGAUGCUGGUGGAAGUCAUCACAAAGUUUCUGUUUCUCCUGUGGUCCAUGUCCGAGGGCUCUGUGAAUCAGUUGUGGAGGCAGAUCUUGUGGAGGCGCUUGAAAAAUUUGGAACCAUAUGCUAUGUGAUGAUGAUGCCAUUUAAACGCCAGGCUUUGGUAGAAUUUGAGGAUAUUGAAAGUGCCAAAAAAUGUGUGACAUUUGCAGCAGAUGAACCGGUAUAUAUAGCUGGGCAACAAGCAUUUUUCAAUUACUCUACAAGUAAAAGAAUUACCCGUCCUGGAAACACAGACGACCCCUCUGGUGGGAACAAAGUUCUGCUCUUAUCAAUUCAGAACCCUCUUUAUCCAAUUACAGUGGACGUUUUGUAUACAGUGUGCAACCCUGUGGGAAAAGUACAGCGUAUUGUCAUAUUCAAGAGGAAUGGAAUACAAGCCAUGGUUGAGUUUGAAUCAGUUCUUUGUGCUCAGAAGGCAAAAGCAGCACUCAACGGCGCAGAUAUAUAUGCAGGAUGUUGUACACUAAAAAUUGAAUAUGCAAGGCCAACUCGACUUAAUGUCAUUCGAAAUGACAAUGAUAGUUGGGACUAUACUAAACCAUAUCUGGGCAGACGAGAUAGAGGGAAAGGCCGCCAGAGGCAAGCUAUUUUGGGAGAACACCCCUCAUCCUUUAGGCAUGAUGGCUAUGGAUCGCAUGGACCACUGUUACCAUUACCGAGCCGAUACCGAAUGGCAUCUCGGGAUACUCCAGAACUUGUUGCUUACCCACUUCCUCAGGCUUCCUCAUCUUACAUGCAUGGGGGGAACCCCUCUGGUUCAGUUGUCAUGGUUAGUGGAUUGCACCAACAAAAGAUGAACUGCUCAAGAGUUUUCAACUUGUUCUGCUUGUACGGAAAUAUUGAAAAGGUGAAGUUUAUGAAGACUAUUCCAGGAACAGCUUUAGUGGAAAUGGGUGAUGAAUAUGCUGUUGAAAGAGCAGUCACACAUCUCAAUAAUGUCAAAUUAUUUGGGAAGAGACUUAAUGUUUGUGUAUCCAAACAGCAUUCAGUUGUUCCUAGUCAGAUAUUCGAGCUGGAAGAUGGGACAAGCAGUUAUAAAGACUUUGCAAUGAGCAAGAACAAUCGCUUUACCAGUGCAGGUCAAGCUUCCAAGAAUAUCAUUCAGCCACCAUCCUGUGUGUUGCAUUACUAUAAUGUUCCGCUGUGUGUGACUGAAGAGAGCUUUGUAAAGCUGUGUGAUGAUCAUGAAGUUCUGUCUUUUAUCAAAUACAAAGUAUUUGAUCCAAAGCCUUCAGCCAAAACACUUUCUGGUCUGUUGGAGUGGGAAUGCAAGACAGAUGCAGUGGAAGCCCUUACAGUACUUAAUCACUACCAGAUAAGAGUCCCUAAUGGCUCUAAUCCUUAUACCUUGAAGCUUUGCUUCUCUACUUCCUCCCAUUUGUAGAGCAGAGGACAGCAUGUUAAGGAGCUCCUUCCCUCUUUAUUUACAAACUUGAAGAAAUCGUAUGUUGUCUGCAGGCUCUAGGUUUUCUUGUCUCAAUCUAACUUAAGUUCAUUUUGUUUUAUAAUGAACGUGUUUUUCCACAAUCAUUUUCCCAUUGGCUUCUGAAGAGUAGAUGACAGUAUAUUACAUAGAGCAUUUUCACUUGUGUAACAGUUAUCUACAGGUAUUUGAACUGCCUUAUAGGCAGCAUGUGCAAAAAACUGUAUACAGUAGACCUUAAACACAGUUUCCACACAGCAGUAAAAUGUACAUUUUCAUUUACAAUCACUAUUUUCCACUUCGGUUUAAAUGGCAAGUUGGAUUAUUAUAUUGGAAUAUUAGAUGUAAAAUUGCUGGUUACUUCUGGUUAAAACUGUAUGCGUUGCAACAAUUUUAAAAGCAGAACUAAAUUUGUAAAUCCUUUUCACUUUGAUAUUUAGUAAUAUAACUGUCACUGAUUUUUAAGAGAAACUUCACAGGAAGAAAGGUUGUUUUUCCCCCCAGAAUGAAUUGAAACUUACUUUAAAUAGUGUCUUCUCAGAAUAAUUUUUCACUCCCAUUAGCAUGAUGUCCUUAUUGAUAACCCUAACCUGGAAUGUCCUUACAAAAAAAUAAACACCAACCUAAAUGAA